AUGUCCCAAAUCGCAUCGCUCGCGGCCGGCGUCGUCGUCGACGCGCGAAUGAGUUCAAAAAGCUCGCGUCUUCGCGUGUCUCUCUCGCGCUCGUCGCCGCAUCGCGGUCGCCGCGCGCGCGUCGCGGUCGCGGCGACGCCGAACGACGCGCUUCGUCGCUCGCAGGCGAUGGAGGCGAUGGCGUCGUGCGUGACGUCGAGCGAUUUGGGGGUCGGGGAGAAGUACGCGGGAAAGGUUCGGGACACGUACGUGAGCGGCGAUACGAUGAUCGCGGUGACGACGGAUCGGCAGAGCGCGUUCGAUCGGCAUUUGGCGUUCAUCCCGUUCAAGGGUGCGGUGCUGAAUCAGACGUCGCAGUGGUGGUUUCGACAGACGGCGGACAUCGUGCCGAACGCGGUGCUGGCGACGCCGGAUCCAAACGUGACGGUGAUGCGACGGUGCGAGGUUUUCCCGAUCGAGUUCGUCGUUCGCGGGUAUCUCACCGGGAGCACAUCCACGUCGCUGUGGACGCACUAUAAGAAAGGGGGUAGAAAUUACUGCGGGAACGAGCUCGCGGACGGGAUGGUGAAGAACCAAAAAUUGCCGAUGAACAUCGUGACGCCGACAACCAAAGAGAAGGAACACGACAGGCCGAUUUCGUUGGAGGACAUAGUGAAGGAGGGAUGGAUGAAACAAGAGGACCUGGACUACUGCGUUGCCAAGACGCUGGAGGUGUUUGAGUACGCGCAAGGCAUCGCGGCGACUCGAGGUUUGAUUUUGGUCGACACCAAGUAUGAGUUCGGACGCGACUCUGACGGGACCAUUCGGCUCAUUGACGAGAUCAACACGCCGGAUAGCUCGAGGUAUUGGCUCAAUGACUCCUACGCCGAGCGCCACGCCGCCGGGAAGGAGCCGGACAUGAUCGACAAGGAGUUUCUCCGCCUGUGGUUUGCGGAGCGAUGCGAUCCGUACAAGGACGAAGUUCUGCCCGAGGCGCCCGCCGACCUCGUCGCCGAACUUAGCUCACGAUACGUCAAACUUUACGAGAUGAUCACGGGGGAGACGUUUGAGGUGCCACCUACGAGCGUGGACGUAAACGAACGCAUGAGAAACUCGCUCAAGGGUGUUCUCUAA